AUGGCUCCAGUUUCGGCUCUGGCCAAGUACAAGCUGGUAUUCUUGGGUGAUCAGUCUGUGGGUAAAACCAGUAUCAUCACUCGCUUCAUGUACGAUAAGUUCGACAAUACUUAUCAGGCUACCAUUGGUAUUGAUUUUCUCUCAAAGACGAUGUACCUUGAAGAUAGAACUGUUAGAUUGCAGCUAUGGGACACUGCAGGACAGGAACGGUUCAGGAGCCUCAUUCCAAGCUAUAUAAGGGAUUCCUCUGUGGCAGUCAUUGUUUAUGAUGUUGCAAGUAGGCAUUCAUUUCUGAACACAUCUAAGUGGAUCGAAGAGGUGCGUACCGAGCGGGGAAGCGAUGUUAUUAUUGUAUUGGUUGGAAACAAGACUGAUCUUGUUGACAAAAGGCAAGUUUCGGUAGAGGAAGGAGAAGCUAAAGCUCGUGAGCUGAAUGUCAUGUUUAUUGAAACCAGCGCUAAGGCAGGUUUUAAUAUUAAGGCCCUGUUUAGAAAGAUUGCAGCAGCACUGCCAGGGAUGGAAACACUUUCAUCAACAAAGCAAGAAGAUAUGGUUGAUGUGAAUCUUAAGUCCUCAAAUACGAAUGCAUCCCAGUCCCAAGGCCAGUCAGGAGGAUGUGCUUGUUGA